AUGGGCGGGGGCAGGCACAGCAGGAGGAGCGAGGGGGCCGGCUCCUCGGCCAUCGCACCCCACACAGCCCCAACAUCGCCGCAGGCGCAGCCACCUCCUGCAGCGGCUCAGGGCUCGGCGGCUAAGCGCUCCCCGCCCCGAGCCAGAGCCGGAGUUGGGAUCCGCCCGCAGUGCGGGGCCGGGAUCGGCCGGGGACAGGCAGCAGCACAGAACAGAAGGUCACUUGAACAUCCCUGCCUGCUGCCCCGACCGGAAUUGCUGAGCAUACCAGAUGCACUGAUAUCUACAGAGCUUCAAGAGAGAAUCCUUCCAGGUGUUGAGCACCCUCACUUCCCAUUAAAGUCAACAGGAGUUGAGGACAUUCAGCACUUUUCAGAAUCAGGCUCUAAUGGGACGACAGCAGGUAAACUGGAGAUCCAGUUGCAGAGAAUUAUAGCUGAGAGUGUAGCCACUAAGAAGGAUUCAGCCGCUGCAGGAGAAACACCGCCUACAGGCAUCCUAUUCAGACCAUCCCUGCCAUCCGGAAACACAGCCAUCUGGUUACUGACCCGGGAGCUGCAGCAAGUGAUGAGAGAGAAUCAGAGUCUACGUCAGCAUGUUGAGGACUUGACAAAGAAAGUGUCUGCGAUGGAGUCCAGAUUGGCCCAUCUAGAGCAAGCCCCAGCCCCAGAUGUGACUGGACUCCCCACAGGCACUGUCCUGAUUCCCAAGGUGGGGGAGAUUCAGAUCCCCCUGGCAGAGAUGGAUGAAAUGAGGGUAAUGGACUGUGAAGAGACUGAGAUCAAUUUGCCAGCUGGACACCCGGAGGCUAUGGAAUCAGGAGAGGUUUCAUCGACCCCUGAGGGACAGUCUCAGCCCCAUAAACCUCCUGCAGCAGCCAGCAUACCCAACAGCUCCCUCCUGCGCAUCUCCCCCAAGGAGGACAGGAGACUGUUUGAGAAGGCCGAGGGCGACAUUGCCAAGUAUGCCCUGGCAGUGUUCAGACACACGAUGCCGCGAGAUUAUUACCAGCAGUGGCGGGGAAAGGUCAAUGUGUCCGGCACACACCAGAAAGCUGCCUUGUCGCCCAAUCUGGUAAAUGCAGCAUUCAAAGCGGCAAAGAGGCGGAAGCCAAAUCUGGCAGGCAAAGACUAUAGUAACAUCAAAAUCCAGAUCAACAACCUCAUGCGAUCCCGGAAGAGCAGAAGCCUGGUUGAGUCUACAGGGCAGAGGUAACAGCACAGCUCCCCCAGUACCCGGGCUUUGGAUUCUUCCUAUAGAAGAGUAAAGGGAAUCCGGCAAUUGAGAAAUCAGUCAGCACUUUGAAUCUCCCCAUGGGAGCUGGGCCUGAAUUAUGCCUGCUGGAACAGCACAGUAUGGAUCCCAGGGGUUUGCUCUAUGGGAGCCAUUGUUGUUCUAUCUUCCUUAAACCAAGGAUGGGAUCAACGAAGCAGUGCUGCCAAAGGACACUUAAGACUUUCACUAUCCAUGAUGAUGAGCACAGUAGAAUGGUUUUAAGUAGUUUAGCUAGUCUGGAGUGUCUUUCAAGUCAAUGUGAGGGGUGUUGUAGACGUAGGUAAGAAUUAUAAUCCCAAGCAUUGGUAACCUCUUUCAGAUUGCCAGGAGUUAGAAACCCCAGGCUUAAUUAAGGUACAGCAUUAGGAUCCUUGGAGCUAGAAGAAUGGUUUCCAACUUGUGGAAUGUGUCCUCCUCCUCCCCUUCCCCCCCCCCCAUGUUUAAUUUUUAGCAAAUUGGUGGUCACUUGUUAAGAGCAAAGCAAUGUUUUGAUGUCAGUGAAAUGUAAUAUUCCCUUGACUUGUCAUUCUAAAAAU